AUGCCGCAAAAGAUCUAUGUCACCUACAACCAGGUCCACAAGCUCUGUCAAGAGUCGGGCAACAAGAUCCUGGCUGAAUUCCACCCGAAUCUGAUGAUUGCCAUUGGCGGUGGUGGUUAUGUCCCUGCCCGUAUUCUCCGGUCCUUCCUCAAGCGCCCCGGUGACCCCAACAUCCCCAUCCAGGCCAUCGGGCUGUCCCUCUAUGAGGAUCUGGGCCGCGGCGACCCAGAAGAGGUUCCUGGCACCAAGGUCACCCGCACGCAAUGGCUUGACCUGAGCGCGCUGGAAAUGGCCAACCUGAUUGGCAAGAACAUUCUGAUUGUGGACGAGGUCGAUGACACGCGGACAACUCUUGAGUAUGCCGUGCGCGAGCUCCAGAAAGAUGUGGAGAUUGCCCAGAAGCAGCUCGGGCGCGAGGGAGAGAAGACUAACUUCUUUGUGUUUGUUCUGCACAACAAGAACAAGGACAAGAAGGGUGCGCUGCCCGAGGACAUGAUGGAGACUGGUCGCUACCACGCCGCAGUCACGACUGACGACGUGUGGAUCUGCUAUCCUUGGGAGGCCAAGGACAUCGAUGAGCAUGACGCCUUGGCCAAGGAGAACCCUCUCAUUUGA